GCCACUGGGAGCGCGCAGGACCCGUCCCUUCAGCACCGCUUCCAUCCAUCCUGACGCGGAGCCGGGUGAUCGUGGAGCCGCACAGAGCACACGCACCGAGAGAGAGAGAGGAAGAGGAAGAGAGAGAGCCAGAAGAUGGACGGAGUGGGAUCGUUCGGAGCGGGCCGAACCGGGACCGCCGUGGACCCGAUCGCGUUCGCCAAGCAGCCGCAGACCAUCCUGAGAGCGCUCUCCUGGAUAUUCUCCCUGGUGGUCUUCGCCUCCAUCGUGAACGAGGGUUACGUCAACCUGGGCAGCGAGCGCCUCCACUGUGUCUUCAACAGGAACGGUGACGCCUGCAACUACGGCGUGUUUGUGGGCCUGGUGGGCCUGCUGGCCUGCUCCUUCUUCUUCCUACUCGACUACAAGUUCUCCUCCAUCAGCUCGGUCAAAGACAGGAAGAAGGCUGUGAUGCUGGAGAUCGGCUUCUCGGGUUUUUGGACCUUUCUGUACUUUGUAAGUUUCUGCUUCCUAGCCAAUCAGUGGUCUCGGACCAAAAUCGACGAUCUGCCUCUCAACCAGGGAGCAGAUGCAGCACGAGCAGCAAUCGCCUUCUCCUUCUUCUCCAUAAUCACAUGGGCUGGCCUGACAGUGCGCGCAGUCCAGAAGUAUCUUCUGGGUACAGACAUGACCCUGUUCGCCACUGAGCACAUGGACGGCGCCGCGCCCACCCAGCCGUACCCGUCCAACUCGCCAGGCGGCGGCCCGACAGAGACCACAGAGGCCUACCAGAGCCCGCCCUUCACCGAGAACAGCACGGCCCCCACAUACCAGACCUGCAGAAAGGACUUUCCUCCUGCAUCGACGCAGAUGAGUCGAAAUCAAAACCAGAGGAGGGAAAGCAGAAGCGUUUCAAAAACGCUGUUUUGUCGAAGGAAGAGAUGAAGUUCCACCGCAACAAAGCUGUCUUAAAGGCGCUCUCUUGCAGCACCUUGAUCUUUCAUUCCUUCAGGUGUCCCCCCCACCCUUUUUUUGUGCAAAAAAACAAGAGCAUUCCCUUUUUUUUUUUUUGCAAAAAAGAAAAAGGGAAUGCUCUUGUUUUCUUUCUUUUACCAUCUUUUUUUUUUGAGCUGCACUGAUAACUCCUCCUGAGCUCCCAGCUGGUGAUCAUCUGCACUGAAUCUGUACGUUUCUAGAUGUAGAGGUCAUCUAAGUGCCAUAUUGUUCGGAAAGUGACUUAUUUUUCGUUGGCUUUCCUCAUGCUGCACACGACGGCAAUGUUUGGUGACCGAGUGCAAUAUCUCGUAUUCUCAUGUACUGUGGAGUAGGCGCACACUGUACUGUACUGGAGGUAGAGAGGUCAUAAUCAGGGCAGGUCAACUUUAGGUUCUGUCUCAAAUAACAUGCUUCUGAAUUUCCUGUGACAUCCUUACAUACUGGAAAGGUUCUGAUACAAACGUGCAUAACAAAUGAGCAGCUCUCAAAAUCGAAAUGAUCAUUCCCAGAAUUAGGGUCUUUCUAGGAAUCAUCAAAGGUGAAAUUGCAAUGGAGAAUAUUUCUUCUCUGCUUUGUCCCUGUAGGUGAAUUGUGAGACUUUAUUUUAUUCCUGUAGGCAGUUCAGUUUGAUUACAACAAUAACUCAAUUCACAAAUGCAGUUUUUUUACUUUUCUGCAGAGCCAAGCAAAAUCUGAAUCAGGCCUUGGGCAGAAUUUUCUCUAGGGGAACCCUCAGGUUUUUUUGUUUGUUAUAGAUUCACUUCUUAUUUAAUUAGUGAACCAAUUAUAAAUUAUUUUUACUUUGUGAUACAUUGUGCUUUGGAUGACCAGCACAUUACCUACUUUGAAUUGUUUCUUAUAGACAUUUCUGGUUAAGUUCUCAUUUGUAUCAUUUUCAUCAAUUUAAUAUUCAUUGAUUUUGUUCAUAUUUUCACAUACAGUGAUGAAACGAUAAAACUAUAAACAUCUGACAUUUACACACAGCUGUCCAAUACCUCAAUUUUUCACAUUUAAACAAAGAUCAUGACAUAAUCCUCUAAAAAAAAUUACUUGAAAGACCUACAGAUAUGCUAUAUGUUGAAGGAAAAACCAAAAGCUGCAACAACAUGGAUGAAAAAAAAAAAGACAGAAGAAGAGACACUUUGCUGAAGCAACUUUUGUGUCUGUUUCUGCCUUCGGAGUUUGUGAGCACAAAGUGUCAUAAUCCAUCCGCAGUGGAUGUGAAUGUAAACGAGGUGUGUGAUAUGAGACAGCAUCCUAUGGUAUGAGUGUAAGACGAGGUGCGAAGGGGUUUUCUGGAGAAAUUGGGCCUUUUAAUGUUUCCAUUUAUUUUCUUUAAAGCUUCCAAACUGUCCUGUGUUGCUACCGCUCUGUUAGUGUCAGUAGCAUUUUCUUUAGAGGUCAGAAUGCAGGUGAGUCUUUAUUAACGUCGGGUCAAGUCUCAGGCAAAAGAAAGAAGGAUGAAUCUAAAGUCGAUGUCCGAUCCGUCAAUCCUCCAAUUAGAUCUGAGUGGGUUAAUUGUGACAUGUCUCGAUGUCGGGAGUAUGUGGGUCACCGUUUACUCCGAUGUAUAUGGUACCAACACACACACACACACAAACACACACACACACACACACAUUUAUCGAUCUGUCAUUGUGAUGAGGGGUUCACAUGAGAGCAACUGAGCGCGUGCACACAGAGAUCAGCAUGCAGGAGAAUCACUGAUGUUUUCAAAUAAACCUUUUGUUUUUCCUCCACAUGUUUUUUUGUGACAGUUUUGUCUUGUUCUAACUUGGAUCGUUUAUAAUUUUUCCUAAAUUGUACUGAAGUUAUCCCAAGUCCAAAGCAUGAAGUCGAGCGCUUUGUUAGUUUUCAAUAAGCGGCACCAAAUGUGAAGGUGGUCUUAAAAAAAGCUUAAACUUCUUGUAAAGAGUUUAUUGAAUAUAGAAACUGAAGUCAUUUUUAAGUUGGCUCCCAGGUGUAUUGCAGAGCUUUGCCAGCAGAAAAUGUAGAGUUAGAAAAUCUGCCCCAACUCCAAAAAAGAGCAAAACUCUGGCUCAUGUAAUUUACACAUAAAGCUGAAUGAGUGUUUAAAUGUGUAAAACACUUUCAGGUCGCUGAUACUUCUGCAUCAGCAGGUUGCGAGAAUUUGAAAGCUGAGUGGAAAAAAAAAACGCAAACAAAUUUAAAUGUCCAUUCUGGAUUAAAAAACAAACCCAACUUGUCCUUCAGUUGAAUAUUUUCUUUUUUUAUGAGUCUGUUUGGCCCAAUUCAAUGGAUUUAAACUUUAAAAAGUAAGGUGAAGGCAUUUCCACAUGUUUGUCUUUAUGAUCACUCUCAACAGAAACCCACUUAUGACGUGUUGGUGGGAAAUGAUCAUAAUAAUAAUAAAGAGGGAGAGAAAAAAAAAGCAUAACUGUUUUCGCUGUAAGUCCCUCUUGGGUUAAUGUGAUGAAUUUGGGUUGCUGUCAGGUCAGGAUGUUUUAUCGUUCUCAGUGCUUCAGUCUCUCAUUCAGUUAGUGUGGUAGAUGAUGAUGAUUAUUAAUAAUUAUAAUAAUAAUAAUGGUACAAGCAUUCUCUGUGUUUUGUGCUCUGCCCUAUGUACACUACUGUGUUAUUGGUUGAUUGUAAAAAAAAGUUAAAAAGUAUUUUAAAAAAUCAAAAUAAAGUAAAAAAAAAAACAAAAAAAAAAACCUCAGUAUGUUCAUGAAGUUAAUGGUACUCUUGUGUGAUGCUGUCCAGGGUCCGGUUUGUCCUGUGCUACUGAAAAUAAGAAAAUAUUAUCAAUAAGAGUUAUUACCAAGACUGCACUCCUUUUUGCAAAGACUUUGUGGGGAACUCGUUGAACAGGGCCGACGUUGAUGUUUUACGCCAUCGUUCUGUUGUUUUGUGAAGCUGAAGUGAUGAAGAGGCCGUUAGAUGUAGUUCAGCCGGCGCCGUCGGUGGUACCAGAACAGUACAUUGCAUGGAUUUCACAACACACCCUUCCAUACCGCCCCUCGCCUUUAAAAUAAACCUAGAAAUAAUACUGACACUGACUGACAAAAGCGGACGUUGGUUUUUGUAGCCCUUUAACAUGUUUCUAAGUCGUUUCCUCCUGUUCUGAAGCUGUAUGGCCUCUUCAGUGUAAUCUCGCUGUGUACAGAGAUGUGUGUCACUGUCUGUUACCUGGACUGCAGUCUGACCAUCACGCCAAUAAAAGACAAAAAUGGC